AUGCAUAAUGCGACAGUAGCUCCGUUAUCACCACCACCCUCUCCACCGGCCUCCGAGUCGUCGCAUUUCCCAGCUCCCUUUGCUGCUGCUGCUGCUGCUCCUCCGUUCAAGGCGCCGCCAACUCCGCCCCAAUCCCCCUUCGAGGGACGAAAGCCGCGCUCGACCCCACGGAACCACCACCACCACCACCACUCCUCGCAGCGGAAGCUCCCACCUACCCCAGAAUCAAGGAUAGGUAUAUUCCUGGGCAAAUCGCUCCAGUUGAAGACCAUCUUGGGCACCGGUGCCUAUGGCGUGGUUUACUCGGCCUUCGACUAUAGCUCCUGCACCUGGUACGCCGUCAAGGCCCUAAGCAAGACCAACCCAGACGGAGAGCCACUGGACAGGAGACAGCGGGAGUUCCAGUCCCGCGAGAUCCAGCUGCACUAUGCCGCCUCGGCCCACCCCAACAUCGUUUCCAUGCUCAAGAUUGUGGAUGAUCCAGACUGUACCUAUGUGAUUCUGGAGUAUUGCCCCGAGGGAGAUCUGUUCUUGAACAUCACCGAGAGAGGCAUAUACGUGAGUAAUGAUGCGCUCGUCCAGAGGGCCUUCCUCCAGGUCCUGGAUGCCGUGGAGCACUGCCAUCAGCUGGGGAUCUACCACCGGGACCUGAAGCCGGAGAACAUCUUGGUGUCCAACUCGGGCCGCGAUGUCCUGCUCGCCGAUUUUGGCCUGGCCACCACGGAUGCUCAGUCCGAGGACCACGGCUGCGGUUCCACCUUCUAUAUGAGUCCAGAAUGUCUGGAUCAAUCGUCAAGAAAAUCUUCCUACCGAUGUGCUCCCAAUGAUGUCUGGUCCUUAGGAGUCAUCCUAGUCAACCUGACUUGCGGCCGCAAUCCAUGGAAGCAAGCCUCCGAGGAAGAUUCCACAUACCGGGCAUUUCGAAAGGACCGGGACUUCUUGAAGACCAUCUUGCCUCUGUCAGAUGAGCUCAACGACAUCUUGUGCAUGAUCUUUGACCCCAACCCGGCCACCCGGAUUACCGUGAGCCAGCUCAAGCAGCUCAUCUACCAUUGCCCCAGCUUCACCGCACCGCCGGCACCACAGCCGCAGCAAUACCAGCUCCCAGCUCAGCAAUCACCACCUUCACCCCACUUCAACGUUUCAAAUAAUUCCUCAGCUGUUUCCGUGGGCUCGGACCUCUCCUAUGAAUCAGAUGAAGGAUCCAUGAUCUCCUCUGGAUCGACAGUUUCCGAUGACUCGGACUACUCGAGCCCUUCCAGGAAUAAUUCGGCCAAUGCCAUGGACCUUGGCCCGGAGCCAGCAAUUCAAAACGAGGUCGCCGCAGCACCACCUCCAUCUGGCGCCGCCCAGCGAAGAUCACCACUGGCCCCGGUACCAAACCAGCAAUAUGGCAUCCCGCAGGAAUUCCAUGGAAACUAUCUGGCCAAGCCCGCCUCGUGUUUCCAGAACUGGGCGUAUGAGCAUCAGUAUGACCAGUUUCAUUCGAUGCCUCAUGUGCAACCUGCUAUCUUCCAGCCCACACACCAUAAUCUCUACUCUCCUUACCAGUUUGCCUAG